AUGAGCAGCAUCGACUCCCUCCUCAACCCCGACGCUGGCCUCCGCCGCCCGUCUGUCACCAGCCCGACCGCGACGCCUGCCGACGACGCUGCCGAUGCCCUGACGACACUGGCAACUUUGGGCAGCGGGCAGCAGUUCGUGCCCGCCCCGACGCGCGAGCUGCCCUCGCCAACUGCCUCAUCCCACGCGCCGCGACGCACCAGCAGCUUCGGUUCCCACCACGCGCCUGUAGAGCCCUCGCCACCCCUCGAACUGCCCCAGGCUCGCUCGCCGACCCUGGAGCACUAUCACCAUGGGUCAAAUUCGCCAGAAGAGCAAAAGCGACGGCAAUCGCUGCUGUCGAGAACAUCGCCCGCCCCAGUGCUCGCGCCUAUACAAAAUUUGUCCACAGCCCUGCAAGAACAGACCCAAGACGAGAAGGCGUCAACACCUAUCGGCGAAGAUCUGCCUUCACCGCAGCCUUUCAUCAAGGACGAACCCUCUGGCACACCACGCGAACACACACCUGCAGUCAUUGCUUCUCAAUCCGAGCGACAAGGUUCUACGGAAGAUGGCGCAGCACGGUCAGUCACGCCUACCUCGAGGAUACCAAAGUCGGCCAGCAGGGCUAUGAAGAGGGGCUCGCAUGCCGGCACACCCGCUCCUGGAUCUCCACCCGCACAAGACCGAUCCGACGAUGAAGGCGAUUCAUCUGAAGACCACAACCUGUACUGCAUCUGUAAGAAACCGGACAAUCACAAGUGGAUGAUUGGGUGCGAUGGCGGUUGCGACGACUGGUUCCAUGGCGACUGCGUAAACAUGAAACAAGCGGAUGAGCAACUAGUCGACAAGUUUAUAUGUCCUCAGUGCGAGGAGAAUGGCAGGGGCAACACAACAUGGAAGCCAAUGUGCAGGCGGGAAGGCUGUCGAAAGCCUGCCAGGGUAGGGAAGGACCGAGAAAGCAAGUACUGCUCUGACGAUUGCGGAGUCCUCUUUAUGCAAGAACAGCUUCAACGGACAGCAGGAGCAAAAGGCGCCAAUGGAACAAAGGAAAAAUCUAAGAAGAAAAAGAGAGUCGAGGAAGAAGAAGAACCAACCCCUCUUGGCGGCACCCUCCGAGCCAAAGACCUCAAAGCCCUUGUCGACGCCUCGCCAAACAUCCAAACCUUCAAGAACCUAGGCACCGGCGUUCUCACACCUCCACAAACCGCUUCGCCAUCCCGCGCAACCUUCCCCGCCAACGGCGAAGACCUUUCCCUUACCGCUGGCGAGAUCGAACGUUUGACCGCCCUUCACAAAGAGAAGACGCAACUCAAAGAUCGGCUAGAGGUACUCAAAGACCGCGAGAAGUUUGUCAGCAUGGCCAAGGAACAAGCUGUUCGCCUCGCCGACCGCGAGAAGAUCAAGAUGAAGGAUUUCUGUGGUUACGACAGCAGAUUAUCAUGGUCCGAUGCUGAGUUCCUACUUUGGCGGAAUAGCAAACACGGCCGCGCUGCCUUCCACCACUCCACCCUGAAUCCCACCCCAGAACAGAUUUCUUCGACGCCGACGCCUGCGGACGGCGCGGAUGCAAUGGACAUUGAUGGUGGCGUAGAUGGAGAGGAGAAAGACACAGCCUGUUUGAAGAAGCGCUGCCAGAAGCAUCCUCAGUGGCAGAAGCUUAACCUGCAAGAUGCCAGAUUUGAGGAAUUGGAGGUUGUUGAGGCGAUCAAGGAGUGUGAGAAAGAUGAGCGAUCCGUACGGGAUCGUGCGAGAAGAAGAGGCGCAAAGGAUGGUUUGGCGAAAGAACUCACUGGUGGCGAGGACGGGACCAAGGUGGAGAGGAAUAGGGAUGGAUGGGUUGAGGUUGUUGGUUCGUGACUGACAUGACCUCGAUCGAUUGUUCUUGUCAAUGGAUGGACGAUAUUGGAACGGAAUGAAAAGCUUGGAUAAGGCAUAUACCCCCCAUUCCUUUCGAUGCGGUAUCUAAAUAUUUGGGCGUUUUUUCUUGGAGGUUAUGGGAAAAAUUUAGCGACAACGCUUUGGGCAACUCAUGGUUCUUCGCGACUCACAAACUUGGUUAUACCAUUCAUAUCGGAUAGCGAUUUCUCAUAGUUAGUGUUAGUAUGGUUUAAUGACUAGGC